UUCCGUUUCUUUUUAUUUGAUUGAUUUCUGCAGAAAUUAGGGUUCGCAGGCUCUCGCUGGUCGAGCUGCCUAUAUAUGAGGGUGACAAUCGCGUUGAGUUUGCACGUUUUUUUUUUUUUUUUUUUUUUUUUUGUUCUAGGUUACUUGAAAUUGGUGACUUGACUUCUUAUUUGAUGCAACAAGAGAUGAGAGAAAACACCCGCAGCAGCGUUGAGCUACUGAGAAACAUGCUUUUGCUGCAAAGAGAUGAGACACCGUGUAUUGUCUUCUCGAAAAUUGGUAAUGGAAUUUGCAUUGCGUGAUGAGUAUCAAGUGGUGGAAAGGGAUUUAAGGAUUUGAGGAGAUGGAAUUGAUUCUCCCAGUUUGUGUUAGGAUUGGGUAAUUUGGUGAGAAUAUGCGGUCCUUCGAGCAUUGAUAAUUUAGCUUCGGAAGGGAUCAAAUUCAUCUAGCCUCUUCUGAGAUACCUGAGGUUCCGAAGGUUUUGUAUUCGAGCUUCGGACAACGGUUGACAGGUUCUUGUAAAGUACUUGCCUUGAAAAUGCUGUAUCUGCCAGGCUCGUAGGCCAAUGUGAAGCAGUGACACAACAGAGGAUCUUUUUGAAAUCCCAUGUCUUCGGCGAUGGGAGACCUUGAAGAGCUCCAACAACCUCAGGCUAGCUUUGGCGGCCUAGGUAUUCCCUUCCAGGCCGUUGCAGUUGUGGGCUCUCCAGUUUUCCCCAACUCUAUCAAGUGGUCUCAGGAUAACCUUCUCGCCGUUGCGUCUGGCCACCUGGUCACCAUCCUGAAUCCAGCGGAGCUGACAGGUCCAAAAGGUUUUGUUCCAGUGACACAAAGCCCAGUUUUUGAUAUUGGAAAAGUGCAACCUGCAGACUUUCAUGACCCAGAGCUUAUGCAAUUUCGAUUGGCUAGAGAAGGGCGAAUAGGGGUGCGAUCAAUAGAUUGGUCUCCACAGGGUGUAGCAUCUCAUGGAGGCUGUUUAUUGGCUGUCUGCACGACAGACUCGAGAGUAAAGCUAUAUCGUGAACCAUUUUGCGACUACACCCCUGAAUGGGUGGAGGUUGGGGAUGUAACGAAACUCAUGCAUUCUUGUUGUGUUGAUGAUAAGUUUCAAGGAGCAAAUGCAGCUUAUGAUGUGGUUACCAAGGAUGAUAGGAUUGAUGAAAACAACUUGCCCGUUAAAGCAAAGAAACUGCAAGCUCAAUCUCAAGAAUCUCUACAUAGAAAAGUGCAAAGGAAAGAGAAAAUUACUCAAAACACAUCAGAGAAUAGAUAUAAUAUUGACGAUGAUGAUGACUGUCUAACACUGAUUCAAGCUAAAAAGAGAGCGAAAAAGAAUCUCUUGACAACUCCGCCGAGCUCCAAGAAUGUGUUCACCAGGGCGGAGGAUAACACCGUUCAAGAGAGUCGAACACCAGUUUCGCCAAGUGGGCAGCACUCUGGUUCAAGUCGUCGUUCAAGUUUCAUAACACCCAAAGAAUAUACAGAGAGGGAUUACUCUUUGUCUCCACUAGUGAUUGCCUGGUCUCCGACGUGUUAUGUAAACGAUCGAGGGUUGGUUUUAUGUGCUGUGGGAACCAAGGCAGGCAGUGUUUGGCUCUUGCGAGUCGCACUUCCAGAAUAUUACUCAGUUGAAAAAUCUGUACCUCCAAAAAUGUCUCUACUUGGAGAAAUCUUUGCUCACAAAUCCUGGCUAACUACAUUCAGUUGGGGAACUCGCUCUUGUAUAAAGGACACAACCGAAGAUACUGUGGUGUUAGCAACUGGGAGUUCUGACGGAAGUGUUAAGCUGUGGUCUGGAAAUCUGCAUGAUCUGGCGACUAUGCCGUCUGGAAGUAGGACAUUUCCAUUGACACUGCUCACAGAGGUCAUACCUCCAGACACUGUGAUCGUGAGUUCACUAGCGCUGGUCGUAGCAAAUGGACACUCUUCAAAGCCACUUCUGGCUCUUGGGAAAGGAUCUGGCCAAGUCUCUGUGUGUGAAUUCGAUUCCUCAUGGGUCUGCACUCAUAGGGUUAACCAAAUCAUGGCGCAUGAUCAAGUUGUAACUGGAUUAAUCUGGACUGUAGAUGGGCGAUUUUUGUAUAGCUGUAGUCAGGACAACGUGCUGCACGCCUGGGAGUUUUCAGGAGAUGGUCUUUGCAGUCUUCCUAUCACAGAUUGCUCAUCGCUGCUUAAAACGGAGACUCCUCAAAUCGCGCUGGAUCUACCUGCCUCUGUCCUGGACCUUUAUUAUGGGAUAGCAUUUUCUCCAGGAAUGCUCAGUAUGGCUGUGGUGCGUGGUGUAACAGCUGAUAUGGUAGACCAGAUGUACCAAGCCAGGGCACAGAAAGGCGUGGUGCACUUAUUUUGGAUGGGUUGUCAGAAGUCCAAACCCUCGUUGGACGAUGUCCUUGAUACUAGUUUUGGAAUGCCGUUCCACAAAAGCAUUCAAACAAAUGACUUCGAGAAUUGGAAAACAAAAAUUCUUUUCGCUCUUCAUCGAAUGGAAGACCCUACAUUACCGUUGGUUUUGUGGGACACAAUAGCCGCUCUUACCAACCUUAAACCUGUAACUUCAGCAGAAUUUGUCAUAUCAAUUAUCCUUCACUGGAUCUCUUCUUGGUGUCAAGGCUUGAAUCUUAGGGACACUGGUACUCUAUAUACAUAUCUGGAUAGUUUACUUGCCAAUCUUGCAUCUGCUUCUUGUCGGCAACUACAAAUACUGUGUGUGCUCUAUAGGCAGUUAUUAUUGGCUCAUUGCACGGCUGAAGUACUCAGCGGACGAACUUCUCAAGAGCAACUGGAACCAUCUGGGGAGAGGAUACCGUCCUGGGGAAAAAUUUCAGGCCGUUUCCUCCACUCUGCUGAACAAGAGGAACAGUUAAAGCAGCACUUGCGGAUUGUUGAGUAUGAGCUAAGACAAAGGUUAUAUAUGGGAACUCUUUCUUUAGCAAGUUGCUUGGAGACUGCAGAGCAGUUGAAAAACAGACUGGGAGACAUGGAGGUGAUAUUGCCUCUGGUGGUGAAUUGGGUCACUGCCAAUAAAUCAGAAUGCUUUCCUCGCUUGGUCCAAUUGGCUGAUGACAUAUCCUCAUCUUCAAAUGAUAUGUCGUCACUAUUUAGGAAAGAAGCUUUAUCAGAGCAUUGCACUUUCUGUGAUGCUGACGUGCAUCUAGAGUCUCCGGAGGUAGCCUAUUGCUGUGGCAUUCAGUCAGAGAAGGGAUUUUCCAAGCACAAGCUUCAACGCUGCGCAGUCUCGUUGCAGGUGUGUCCAGGGGUCCCCCUAUGGUACUGCAACUGCUGUGCACGAUGGGCUUCUAAGCUUGCCCCUGCAUCUUUUUUCCAUCUUCCUUCCCGAACUUUCUUAGAGCAUGCGUUCUCACCGAUCACCGAACAAACCCCGUUACCAGCUUGCCCUUUUUGUGGUAUCUUGAUGCACCGGUACUUGCCAGACUUUUUACUCUCCCCAAAGUUAGUGUAACUGUGAAAGCUGAUGCGACAAAAAAAAGAGGAUACCAACACGUGAAAUAGACUUUCAACAGACCAAGGAAUGGCUUGUUGAUCUUGUCGGAGACAAGAAGUGAAAGACUUCAAAGAAUGGGAACGACUUAUCAGCAGACUCUUCAACGGCAGAUUUCGACUCUGUCUUUACAACACGAAUUAUACAAAACCUUGGAUUGAAUAUUGACAUCCUUCGCAACAAGAUCUUGCAGUCACGUUUCCCAUCGUUUUCAUACCCCAUUCAAUUGAGGGGAGUUGUAAACUUCAAACGAAACUCUCAUGAUCUGAACAAAGUAGUACGCUACAUUCCAAAAAUACAAUUUUUGUGUGAAGUGUAGUCUGUCCCCACCCUUCUUGAGUUUUUUCUAUGUAUCUCUUCACGUGGUAAUGGGUUUCCAGUUUCAUA